AUGUACAUAUGUAUAUUUGUACCAGUGCUGAGACCUGAGCUCUGUGGGGUCCACUGUGGGGGGUCCACUGUGGGGGGUCCACUGUGGGGGGUGCCCUGUGGGGGGUGCACUGAGGGGGUCCACUGUGGGGGGUGCCCUGUGGGGGUCCACUGUGGGGGGUCCACUGUGGGGGGUCCACUGUGGGGGGUGCCCUGUGGGGGGUGCACUGAGGGGGUCCACUGUGGGGGGUGCCUUGUGGGGGGGGUCCACUGUGGGGGGUCCACUGUGGGGGGUGCACUGUGGGGGGUGCCCUGUGGGGGUCCACUGUGGGGGGUCCACUGUGGGGGAUGCACUGAGGGGGUCCACUGUGGGGGGUCCACUGUGGGGGGGGGUCCACUGUGGGGGGUCCACUGUGGGGGUCCACUGUGGGGGGUCCACUGUGGGGGGUCCACUGUGGGGGUCCACUGUGGGGGUCCACUGUGGGGGGUCCACUGUGGGGGGUCCACUGUGGGGGGUGCACUGAGGGGGUGCACUGAGGGGGUCCACUGUGGGGGGUGCCCUGUGGGGGUCCACUGUGGGGGGUGCCCUGUGGGGGGUGCACUGUGGGGGUCCACUGUGGGGGGUGCACUGUGGGGGGUGCACUGUGGGGGGUGCACUGAGGGGGUCCACUGUGGGGGGUGCACUGAGGGGGUGCCCUGUGGGGGUCCACUGAGGGGGUCCACUGUGGGGGUCCACUGUGGGGGUCCACUGUGGGGGGUCCACUGUGGGGGGUCCACUGUGGGGGUCCACUGUGGGGGUCCACUGUGGGGGGUCCACUGUGGGGGGUCCACUGUGGGGGGUGCACUGAGGGGGUGCACUGAGGGGGUCCACUGUGGGGGGUGCCCUGUGGGGGUCCACUGUGGGGGGUGCCCUGUGGGGGGUGCACUGUGGGGGUCCACUGUGGGGGGUGCACUGUGGGGGGUGCCCUGUGGGGGUCCUGUGUCCUAUCCUCCCCAUCCAGGAGGAACCGUGAUGUGUAAAGAAGGAUACCACGGACUGCGCUGCGACCAGUUCGUCCCCAAGACCGACGCCAUCUUGUCCGAUCCGAUAGAUGAACUUGGAAUCGAGUUCAUGGAGAGCGGAGACACGUACCAGAGGCAGGUGUUGUCCAUCGUCUCCAUCGCUUCAGGGAUCGGACUGAUAGGGGUCGUGUGUAUGGCUCUGUACCGACGCAACAAGAGCCACAGGGAGAAGCUUCAGGCUCAUUUGUGCGACAGCCGCAGCCUCAGGGAGAACAAUGUGAGAGUCUCUGGGCUCAUGCCCAGGUCUACAAACCCCCUGUACCAACACACACUGCUGCAGCUUAACCUUCUCACCCCCAUCACCCGCACUAACCUCCUCACUCCCAUCACCCGCACUAACCUCCUCACUCCCAUCACCCGCACUAACCUCCUCACCCCCAUCACCCGCACUAACCUCCUCACACCCAUCACCCGCACUAACCUCCUCACCCCCAUCACCCGCACUAACCUCCUCACCCCCAUCACCCACACUAACCUCCUCACCCCCAUCACCCACACUAACCUCCUCACCCCCAUCACCCGCACUAACCUCCUCACUCCCAUCACCUUUUAUUUAAGAUGA